GAGCUCGAUGCCGUGCGAGCGGUGGCCGUGCACCGGGCGAUGGACCCGAUCUCCUUGUGCGACCUGCGCUCCAGGUCGGACCAGGUCGGCGCGCUGGUGCUGGACGGGCAGCGGGUGGAGCAGCCCCUGUACCACAUGGGCAGCGUGCAGAGCGCGGACGGGCGCCUCACAGUGGCCAACAACGUGAG